UACAACUAUCUCACUAUGUUUGACUACGUUCAGUUCAUCCUGUUCGCGACCUCCAUCCCUAUUUUAGUCAACAUCGCCUUUCGCCAUCCAUACUCUUGGCUCCAUGCCAUCCUUCUCGCUAACUGUUUCGCCAUCUUCUCCAGUCUUUGCGCCAUCAUCGAUACAGUAUUCAUCCAGCCCUUCUUCUUUGGCAGUCUCCGCGAUCUUCCUACCGCCGUUCAAGAGCCAAUCUGGACGAGAUUGCUCAAGGAACCCACUGGCAGUGACCUUGCAAAAUUCCAUGGACAAGCUCCUACCAGUCAGAUUAUUCGAUAUUCUGGCGUCCUGAAUUCAGAGCGGUUGCUUCUCACGGACCCCAAGGACAUCAAACAAGUCAUGGAUUCUGAGGCUUACGAAUUUGGUCGUUCGUACCUCAUUCGGCGCCUGCUGUCCCCCAUCUUGGGCAAGAGUAGCUUGGUGGAAAACGCCUGCUUGCUUGUCGAGGAAGUUACAACUCGCAGUCUUGGCGCUGAUGGGCAGCUAUUGGGCCCCGACAAUGCUAUCGAAAUCCUCAAGUUACUUGAGAAAGCUACAUUCCGAAUCGUGUUCAUCGCCUUCUUUGGAUCAACGGUAAUCAGUGACCACACUUCCGUCGAAGACCUGCUACAAGAGUUUCGAGAUGCGUUUUCAAUAUCAUCGGGGUUAUCUACGCAGGCGGAGAUGGCUUGGGAAACGAUUCUCCCUCCUCAUCUGUUCUUCGGACUUCUUCCAGUGGACGACAUACGCAAAACCAAAAAGUCUAUGCUGGAUAUAAAGAGCUUUUGUCGAACACAGAUCGCCCAAAGGAAGUCAGAGUACACACCUGCAUCUCGCACUGAACCCGAAAAGAACAUCCUGGAUACUGCGAUCAAGUCGGAGGACCUCAGCGAUGAAGAGAUUCUCGACAUGUGUACAACUUUCCUGGCCACAGGCUACAGAACUGUCUCUGUUGCACUGAGUUGGGCCAUUUACCACCUCUCGACUAGGCCCGGUGUACAAGCUUUGUUGCGUAUGGAAGUCCGCGCAAGCUUCCCUGCACCCGACCAAAAAGGCGCUGCACCUAUCAACCCUGAUCUUCUGCAGAAGAUGUCUGUCUUGACAGCUAUCUGCGACGAAACUUUGCGAUUCUCUCCUGUGGUGGCUUUGACAUACAGAGAAGCUCGGACCGAUACACUACUGUCCGGAUCUAAUCAAGUGAUACCUGAAGGCACGAUACUUGCCAUCUCGCCCUGGGCGAUUCACAGAUCACCGAUAUACUGGAGAAGCGGAGAUCCAUUAAGCGAAUCUUCGAGCGCCUCACAUACAACAUUGCCCAGUCCAUCAACCUGGGACAUGACGCGUUGGCUGUCAGACAAGAAGGGAGGGGCCAGAAUGCAAAGCUCUUUUAUGCCUUUUGGACGAGGACCACGUUGUUGUAUUGCAGAGGGAUUUGCUCGAGACGAGAUGAUGAUUCUACUUGCCGCGCUAGUGGGAAGGUUUGAUUUCUCAUUCCACUCCAGUGGCCGUGACAACAAUCCGAGACCUGAAGAUCUGAGAGUGGCGUUUGGUGUGGUAGCCAAGCCUAUGAGGCUGAUGGUGCGGGCUCAGCCGGUCUUUGGAUGGUGA